AUGUUUCAUUUAAUUGUGUAUAGCGACGAAAGUCUACAAAAAGUAAAACGGUCGCUGAACGUUUUUGAAAAUAUUUAUGAUCAAAAUGGAAACAAGCUUGAAAAAUCAGUUGAACAAAAUAUUAAAAAAUGUAUGGAUUUAGAUGUUCCAAAAUGUAUUCAUAAAUUAAUUGAUAAUGAAAAUAAGGAUUAUAAAGAAUAUAUUAAUGAAUAUAAUUAUAAUUUUUAUCUUAGAAAAGAUAUUAUACAAUUUUAUACUUGUAAUUUAAUACAAUUAUAUAUUAAGGAUACAAAAAAUUGUGAUUUAUAUUUAAUUGAUGAAUAUGAAGAAGAAGAAAAAGAAAAAAAAGAAUUAAAAUGUAAAGAUGACAAACAAAAAAAUAAAAAUACACAAAAUUUAUAUACAAAAGAAAAACAUGCACUUGAUGAAAAUAAUGUUUUGUCAUCAUCUAAUAAUACAGAUGAUAUUUCUGUUGGUAUUAAUCUCCCGUUACAUCGUUCUCAUAUAUUAUUUAUACUGUCCUUACCAACGUAUUACACAUUUUAUGAGUUCUUUUUAUUAAUACAAGGUUUUAUGAAUUUUAUUGUUCACAUCAAAAUAUUUAAGUUAAACGGUUAUUUAAACUUUCUCAAGAAAAACAGAAAAAAAAAAUUCAAUAAUAAUAAAAACAACCAUAACAAUAAUAAUAAUAAUAAUAAAAACAACCAUAACAAUAAUAAUAAUAAUAAAAACAAUAAUAAUAAUAAUAAUAAUAAUAAUAAUAAUAACAAUAAUAAUAAUAAUAAUAAUAAUAAUAAAAACAACCAUAAUAAUAACCAUAAUAAUAACCAUAAUAAUAACCAUAAUAAUAACAAUAACAAUAAUAAUAAUAAUAAUUAUUAUUAUAAUAAUUGUUGUACUUAUAGUUGUUGUAUAGAUAAGAUAAAUAAAAAAUAUAUCAAGGGAAAUAUCAAAAAAAAAAAGACUCAAAAUAUACAUGGGGGCACACAAACGAAUUUAUAUAAUGAUAAUAGCAAACCUCAAAGCAAAGGUAAACAAAAAGUAAAUACUUUAUAUGAUGAAAGUAACACAUAUAUACAUAAUAAAGAAUUAUGUAAAUUAAAUAAUAAGAAUUAUAAUAAAUUUACUCAUAUAGAAAAAAAAGAACAAAAAUAUUAUAGGGAAAAUGUGUAUACACAUGAUAAUAUUUAUGAUGAUCAUUUAAAUUCCUAUGAUCAUAUGGAUGAUAGUUCUAUUAGUUCUGGAUCGUAUUUAUAUGAAGAUUAUAUUAAAAAUGUUUCAUUAAGACAAGAAGAAAAUAAAUCAUUAAAUAUACGUGUAAAGGAUAAUUUGAAAGAUAGAUAUAUGGAUAAUCAAAAUAUUCUGGAUUUAUUAAAUGUAAAUAAUGAUAUCAACAAUAAUAAUAUUAUUAGUAAUAUUAAUAAUAAUAUAAAUGGUAAUGAUUAUAAUUGUUGCCAUAAAAAAAAUUCUUUAAAUUAUUAUAAUAUUCUUCAUACAGAUAAACUCUUGUCCUCAUAUAACAAAAUGUAUCAUUAUAUAAAAAAAAACUUAAAAAAAAAAAAAAAAAUUCAUACCUAUUCGAUCCUUAUAUUUUUCAAGACACAAAUAUAUGCUGAUAUGUUUUAUAAAAAAUUCCAUUGUAGAAAUUUAAGUUCCUUUAUGUGUAGGAAUGUAUCACAGAAGAAUGUAAAAAAUUUUUAUAACUGGUAUAUAUAUUGUGCAUUCGUAAAUUUGAUAUAUUAUAUAUUAAAUUAUAAAGAGAAUAUGGGAAAUGUGGGUACUAAUGAAUCUACUAGAGGGUACAUAUUGAACAAAAAUGUGUCUGCUGGUAUGCCUUCUGAUACAUAUGAUGAUAUAUCUGAUGAUUUAUAUGAUGAUAUAUCUGAUGAUAUAUCUGAUGAUUUAUAUGAUGAUACAUCUGAUGAUGUAUCUGAUGAUACAUCUGAUGAUAUAUCUGAUGAUAUAUCUGAUAACAUGCGUGAUAAUGUCGGUAUACCUUGUGCAAAGAAAGAGAUGCCCUCUAAAUACCUAAACACAAGUAACAGAAAGAGAAAUAUGAAGGACCAUAUUUAUUCUUCACAACUUUUUAAUAUUAAUAAAUAUAAAAAAUUUAUAAAAAGUAUUAUUAUAGAUACCAAGAUAUGCAUUUCGACGUGUCUAUUAUGUAUGGAAUUAUUAGAUAAUGAUAUAUUUCUUCUCUUAACAAGAAAUGAAAAAAUAUGUAUUAAUAAAAAAAGAAAUAAUAAUUAUUAUGAAUAUAUUAAUUUGUCAUGUAAUGUAUGUACCCUGAUAUUUUUUUAUGAUAUUUCUUCAAAAUUGUUCAAUAGUGACUUUUGUGAUAUUUUAAAAACCAAAAAUUUAAAUCAACAACAAUUUGUUGGUUAUCUUGAAAAUUUGAUUUUUCUUUCAAAGGAUAAUAUGUUAGUUGGACAAAAUGAAAAAAAUGGAAAAUAUUAUAAUAAUGAUAAAACAAAUCGGUGUGAUAAAACAAACCAAUGUGGUGAUAAAUUACAUAAUGAUUGUUCCUUAAUCCCAAUUAACCAUUCGGACCAUAAAAACAAAUGUGUAAUUAAACAUUCCUACAAGAUAUUCCUAAACAAAAGAGAAGAUGUCAUAUUAAAAGUGUUAUCCUUAAAUAAUAUGUUUAAUAAAUUAAAAUGUAAGAAUUGUAAUAAUGUUGAUGAUAUAUGGUUAUGUUUGAUAUGUUCUAAUGUUGGGUGUGGACGGUAUCAUAAACGACAUGCACAGAUGCAUAGUUCUUUGUUUAACCAUUAUUAUUGUAUAAAUAUGAAAACAAAGAAGAUAUGGAAUUAUAUACUAGAUACUUACAUAGAAGAAAGAGUACAUAGGAAUUUAGAAGAUAUUACUACACUGCAUUCUGAAAAUUCAUAUGAUGAGUUUAAUAAAAAUAAAAUUAAUAAUAUUCCUAGUGGUAAUAAAAAUAAAAGUAAAAAUAAAAUGAUUCCUAAUAAUUAUCAUAAUAAUCAUUCUUCUUAUCAUAAUAUAUAUACAAAUGAAAAGAAAAAAAAAGAAAAAAAAAAUUUCCAUCUUUUAUAUUAUGAUAAUAAUUAUAUUGAUGAUUUUUCAAUUUUAGAUCGAGAAUAUCCAUUAUGUGAUUAUAAUAAAAAGAUAUACUAUAAAAUAUAUGAUAUAUUUACUAAUGAUAUAUAUAUAAAUGACAAUUUAAAAAAUGAAUUGUUAUAUAUAUUAUAUUCACAAUUAUCGCAUGAAUCUAAUAUAUAUAAUAAUAUUUUAAUAGAGCUUCAAUAUAUUUAUUUAAAUAAACUUGAACAUCCAAAAAAUAUUAUGAAAAAUGUUACAGAUAAAAUUAUGGAAUUACAAAUCCAAAAUAAUAAAAUAAAUUUAUUAUGUACACAUUUAGCUAGUUCUAUAAAAAAAAAUAAUAAUUUAAAAAAUUCAUUACAAGAAAAAAUUAAAUUUUAUAGAAAUAUAAAUAAUAAUAUUAUUCUACACAAAAAAAAUAAUAAUUUUAAUAAUUCAUCAAAUAAAAAUAAAGAAAAAAUGGAUAAAGACAUAAAAAAAAUACACAAUCUGGAUCAAACCAUAAAACAGUUGCAAGAGCAAGUGGAUGCCUUAUUAACAAAUUUGUAA